UGCAAACUUCGUUGCCGCAGAUCAAAAAUAUACUAGUUAUUUAGUCUGUGGCGUUGUGGUCAUUAAAUCGCUUAAAGAUUGAUCGCCGUUUUAGCUGCUGUUAAACAGGUAAUGUUGUAGUAUAUUCAAAGCUAUGAUGUCUUUGUAUAGGAAAUUACACCGUUCCAACUUCCGAACUUCGAGAAGUAUAUCGCACCCGUGUUGGGCGAAAUAUUUAUACGUAAUACCCCGAUAAUACCGUGAUUUUUCAUGAAUACUUCGAGAACAAGUGUAAUUUCCUAUUAAUAUAAUUUUAUAGUCAAUUUUAGACGAAUAAUCAAUGACAAUAAUGUAUGGUAUCAACGAGCACAGUUAAUUCCUUUGUCAAUUUUGAGCGGAGUAAUUUCUGGUAUUAAUUUUCAAUUCAUAUAUUUAAAAACUGUAAAUAAUCUUUAUUUCUCCUUUGUCUUCUUUAUUUGAGCAUAAGUACGAGCGCAGAGCCCAGAAAAUAUAAUUUUGUUACGCUAUUUAUUUAUAUUUUUUCAAAUUUCUACGCUCACGUGACGUGACGGGGAUGAUGACACUUCACUUCCCAGCGCCCAGAAUUCCUUAGAUUUUCGGUAAAAAAUCCUCAGAUUCAGUUAAAUUUCCUUAAACCCACGUUUAAGGAAAUUUAACUGAAUCUGAGGAUUUUUUACCGAAAAUCUAAGGAAUUCUGGGCGCUGGGAAGUGUCAUAGAUAUCUGGCAUAGAUAUCUUAUAUGCACUAGAUAGUGCAUCUAAUUAUUCUGCAAUUCAAAAAUUGAAGCCGUGAUUGCAGACUCAGGAUAUUCCCAUGAAAUGAGAAGACUCGUAUGUUUUCUAUUUCUUAAACAGGGAAUUUAACAUUAAGUUAAACCUAUUCCAAAUACAUUUUCAAACUAUUCAAAUGAUCAAAGUUAUUGUUGUUUUUUAAUUUAAGCGUUUAUUAGCGAGUGGGAAACUCCAGCAAGCUGCUCCAUUUACUGUUCGGAUUACUCCGGAUUUGUGGAACACUAAUGGAAUGGAACAGAAGACAGUCACAUGACUGUUCUGAACUGUUCUGACUACCCCGAUUUUCGAGUAGGGGCAGCCAGAUUACAGACACGUGACACUGCCCAUUUUCACGUGAUUGGAAAUAGGCGACAUAUUUUGUGUAUCCAAUGCACACUUUAUAGAGCGUUAUCUUGAAGGGUUAACCGCUAUAUUUCGACAUAUACUUAUUAUAUUAUAUUUCACCGCCAGGGUUGGGCAAAAUCAACGAGUAAAAACGUAGCAAAAGCAUACUUAGAUGUACAAAUAACAGCGAAUCAUUAUACGCUUUAUUAUGCGAGUAACUAGUUAAUAUAGUAAUGCUGCAUGUAUAAUAAACUAAACACUGUUCUGGAACACCGUGUGCACUCCAUUUUAUAUCGUUCCAGAACAGUGUUCCAAAUGUUCUAGAACAGUAAAUGGAGCAGCCUGCAGCAUGGCCGCCAUCUAUUCAAAUGGGGGUAACCGCUGGAAUAUUCUUGGCUUCAAUUUUACUAAAAGAGAUGCGCUAUCUAGUGUAUAUAAGAUAUCUACAUGUAUGGGGUCAGGCCUGUUUUUUGGCAUGGUGAUUCGUGACCUUUUGAUCUUGAGAAUUACAAAGUUUGUAUGGUGUGAGAAAAACUUUUCUAAACCUAAAUUUUGCAGAUAUUGGUCCCCUUUUUUAUUGAUAUUGACCCUUUUUUUUAAUGUCCGGAAAAAAUGUUCCCCCCCCCCCCAAUAAAAAUUUGCCCGGGGCCCCCGAAUUUCUCUGAUAGGCCCUGUUUGUAUCAUUUGGGAAUUGGGAUUUUGAGCAGUCUCAUCCACAUGCACAGGCAUCUCAAGCUUACAUGUGGCUGGGGUAUAUUUGUAUUUUUAUAUUAGCUUACUAUGACAAAAUAUAUAUUGUCAAGAUUAAUGCUAAAAUAUUGUAUAAGGUUGAUUACCAACAACAAGGUUGAUUACCACUACUACAAUGUGUAAUUAACUUUUCUGGGGUGAUUUUCAAUCCGCUUGAGAUACGUAUGACGUAUUAUUCUUACUACGCAGAAAUAAUAGAGAAGGCAGGUUACUUCCGCUCCAAUUAUCCCAAAUUAGUCGCAUCGACUUCACAAAUCGUUCUGGUGUCGCUAAAUAACGCAUCAAAUUGCCAAACAAAACAACACAUUCGUAAAACCCUGCAAAUUCUCUAUGGCUAUAACAUACAUCGUCUUCAGCAAUCACAAGCCUCCCAAUCAUCCCCACGUGAUUAUUUUCUAAGUAUCGUCAAUAAGGAUAGGUUUGUGAUUGCGUUCAAGAUCAAAGAGAAAUAUAUUUGUGCACGAAACAUGGGAAACAAUCUUCAUGUGCGCCUGUCAUGGCCAUGUAAAACAGGCAAACUGGGGCAUAAGUGCAAUUAUUAUACCUGGUGUCCCAAAAAAAAGUACUCCUGUUUGAUUUAUAAUAACUUCUAAACAAGUAAAGCUAUCAAACAGAAAUAACUUGCAUUACAUAUAGGAAGGACCAACUUAGAUUUUGAUAUAUUACAGUUGUAUUUUACUUACAAAUUCACCGAGAUAUUAAUGUUCAAAAUCGGGAGCAUAUUUUGGAAUGUGUCUAAAAUUAGCGAAAAUCGGCAUAUCAAAUAUAACUCCAGCGUUUGUUUGUUUAAUGACAUAUCAGGCUAACUUGUAUUUCAACGAAUUGUCGUUAGGGUUGGUAUAAGGGAUAUGGCGUAGAUUUAGACAUCUUAACAUGCAUGUAAGUCUUAGCUCAUGUCAUUGUUUCCUGAAAUAUGAAUGUUCGAAAUUAUGCAAGUAUUUUAAAAUAGGUCUUUAGCCUACAAACUUAAAGGUAGGCCUACAUGAAAGACCACUAAUUAGGCAGGCGCUUAAAUUUUUCUUAAAUUAAAUAGCCUAAUUUUUUUAUGUUUUUCAUGGGUUAAAAACAGAGUUGAUUAUUUCUCGGUUAGAGCAGGAUGAAUAAUAUUCUUAUUAUGAAGGAAAUAAUAUUGCUUUUUGCAAAUACACAUCACAGUAUCGACGCUACUAUUUUGUAAAGUUUUGUUUCAAAAAUGUUGGAUGUCUCUGGGGAGUUGCUUGUUAUGACUUAUGGAGUUGUAUGGUUUGCUUGUGUUUCAUUCUCAGUUUAUUCUGAACUUAACAAGAUAAACAAGAUUAAGAAAAGGCAAAAGAGUUUGAGUUUUCUUAAAAAGAUUUCAGAACUUCGAAGAAGUUAGAAGAGCUUCACAAUUCUAUUGUGACAGCAUGCCCUAAUUCAGAACUACGAACGCGGAUAUUCAUGACGAUCCUUCGCGAUGCAGUGGACUCAUAAAAUACGGAAACGUAUUCGUGCUAGGAACACAUGCACACGGAUUUCGGACAAAUAAAUCUUGCUUGUAUUUUGUAGAUAAUAAUAUACUUUGUUUCAUAAUAAACAAUUUGUCAAAUGUCAUUUAUUUACUGGUAAAAUAGUGCAUGUUUCAGUCGGGCAAAUGUUGACUAAUAUUUGAUACGCCGUUUUUUGCAUAUUUCAGACACAUCCAGAAAUAUGCUUCCGAUUUUAAACAUUAAUAUCUCCGUUAAUUUUUAAGUGGAAUACAACUCUAAUAUAUCAAAAUCUAAGUUAGUCCUUCCUCUAUUUGAUGCAAGUUAUUUCUCUUUAAAAGCUUUAAUUGUUUCGAAGUUAUUACGAAUCAAACCGGAGUACUUUUUUUUGGGACACACGGUACAUUUAAUAUGUAUUCUCGUUUCUAAUUGGUCGGCAUUUAUUACGUAUUUUCCGCCGAUGAUGUCAUCAGCGUCCAAUAAUUGUUUUUUGGGAUCGAACUUGCAUCCAAAAAAAAAUUAUUGGACUCUCUCGUGCCCAAAUCCUUGCGCGGCCAAAAGCUUGAACCUAUAAGCGCGCGAAAAAACAACAAAAACAAUGGCCUACAGUAGAUUUGCUUCGCUGAAUGAAAGUGAACUCUCCAUAUUAUUGGCAGAUAAGGAUAGUGAAAGCACGAAAAAAGCCACAAAGGGGUAAAUAGAAGUAGAAAUAUAAUAUUUUGCUGACCUUUGACUUUGUGCAAGGUGUUUGAUAUUCAAAUUGUACUAUUCCUACCUCAUGAACAGGAAUCGUUUUAUACGUUUCUCAUAUCUUUAAAUGUAUAAUAAAACAAUUAUUGGAUUCGGCUUUCGCAUGAUAUCAAGAAUUAUUCAGACCUCGGUCUAUGUUAUCCGCCUCAGCUUCGCUUCGGCAUAUAACAUUGACCUCUGUCUGAAUAAUUCUUGAUAUCAUGCUCAGCGUCAUCCAAUAAUUGCUUAUUAACAGUAAAGUCUUUUUGUCCCAACUUCUCGUUUAAUAUUUUAGAUUAACUCCAGAAAAAUGGGUGCGGAUACUUCACUUCCUCUAACAGCUGUCAAACCUGGCUUCUCCAUGAUGAGCAUAACAUUCCGAGAUGGUGACCGCAUGACUGUGCUGCACCUGGAUGGCGCGGGAUUAUCUGCAGUUGCACAAGCUAUUAAGGACACUUGGAAGCCAGGUAUUCAGGCUGAGCAAUCAAGAUGCGGUACUGGCUGGUCGUUUAAGCUUAACGGUUACCCAUUUAGCUCAUCCAACUCUAAAACGUCCCAACAAUCUCGGCAAACGUUAUUGCAAAUUUUGCAAAACUUGCACGGAAUAGGCUACCAGGUAUUGGCUUCGGGUACUCUUGGAACAGUGAAGGAUAGAAGCACACUCUUUUUUAAGAAAUCGCCAUCCAAUGUCCUCACACCUCAAUUUCUCUGUGUCGGCUUCAGCGACUCCGACAAAAUUCAAUUUAGGAAUCUACCCUCACAACUUAUGGAUCCGAUCAAAGACACUAUCAGAACAUCAUGGACUAUGGGAAUUCAAAGCGUCGAUGAAGAAAAUGGUGUCUUGCAGUUUAAGCUAGCUGGUACGCCAUGGACUGCCACCAAUAACGAACAAAGCAUUCUGUCCAAAAUUCUACUCCAGGUUGUCUUUGCUACACUUCAUCGUUUCCAGUGGAUUUAUCAUGUAAAUGUAAACCUUAACCGCGGUCAAGAUUGCCUAAUCUUUCGUCACGACUCUGAGGUCAACACCUAUGAAGUUCCUCAAUUUUGUAUGAUGAGCUUCGGCCAUGGUGAUCGCUUGCGCCUCAUCAAUGCAUCGGACGAUGUCAUCAAUAUGAUUCGGAAAAUUGUUGAGGUCAAUUGGAGUCCGGGUCGAAUUCAAGACGAGAGAGAAUUUCAUGGUAGUCACGAGUUUAAAAUAUCUGGUCAUCCAUGGAGCUCGGUACGAGAAGAAUCAGCGAGAGCUCGGUAUCUGAUUCUCCAAAUAUUCCAGGAAAUGUUGCAAUACGGUUGGCAUAAUGUUGCCGGGUUUUACCUAAACUGCGUUUCCACGGAUAGAGUUGUAUUGUUGUUUGAAAAACGAGAACCAGUGAACUAUCCAAUGUUUUGUAUAGCCCCACACGAUGAAGACAAGUUUUGGCUGAUUAACAUGCCGGCAGAAUUAGUCUCACUUUUCAAGCAUAUUUUGCUGUCUCGUUGGUCAAAUGGAAUCCAAUCUGAAAACGUGCUAUCUCUGCAUUUUGGAACUGUGUACAAAUUGAAAUUAUCUGGCACGCCGUGGUCGGGGGGUGAGAGGAAUUCUCCAAUCCAUGCUCGAAGCUUUCUUUGUGGUAUUAUUGACGAGUUUUCCAAACUUGGCUGGCAGCUUAUACUUUGUGCCGACGUGACAUCAAGGAUAGGAGCUGACAGUGAUGGUCCGGAUUACCCAUUAGAUGUGUAUUCGUUUUGGUUUGCUUAUAACCCCACAUCCGCAAUUCCACAACCAUCUGCCCCAGUUUAUGAAUUUCCUGCCCACUCACAGCAGUAUGGUGUUGCGAUGGGAGGGUCCCCAUACCCACCUUCAGGUUAUACCCAGAAUUCUGGCUAUGGUAUGGCUGGAGCACCACCCCCAGUAUUUAAUGACCCACCACCAACAUACACUGAAGCAACGGGAUGGAAUUUAAAUGAUGCAAAGAAAUGACAAUUUACCGAGCGUAUAACUAGUAUACAUAAAACUUUAUUUAAUGUUGAUUUAAAACUUUAAACACUCCCUGUCACAGGGUUCAACAGUGGAGUACCUUAUCCCAGUCUCUUUAUCGAC